AAAUUAAUGUUGCAUAAAUUCGCGUAAAACAAAGUGUGUGUGUGAAAGACUUGACUCUGUGCAAUUUUGCGAAGAAAUACAGACAUUUGUGCAGUCGAAGAUGGUGACGGUUGAUCCGACCACUAUGCCGAACACGAGUUGGGAGGAGGCGGAACUCGAUUCGGUGGAGGCGCGUGGCGACCUGCAAGACCCCGUGACCAUCCUGCUUAUCGGGUCGUUUCUGGUAUUGAUAAUCUUCCUGUCAGUGGCGGGCAACAUCCUGGUAUGCAUAGCGAUCUACAGCGACCGAGGCCUGAGGCGGAUCGGCAACCUGUUCCUGGCGUCGCUGGCGAUCGCUGAUCUCUUUGUGGCUUCCUUAGUGAUGACAUUUGCCGGAGUAAAUGAUUUGCUCGGCUAUUGGGUAUUCGGAGCUCAAUUCUGCGACACUUGGGUCGCUUUCGACGUAAUGUGUUCCACUGCAAGCAUUCUUAACCUGUGCGCAAUAUCACUCGAUCGAUACAUACAUAUCAAGGAUCCUCUCAGGUACGGUCGUUGGAUAACGAGACGCAUAGCGGUGGCCACAAUCGUAGUAAUCUGGUUGCUGGCCGCCUUCGUAUCCUUCGUGCCCAUAUCUUUGGGUCUGCACCGCCCGCCUGAGGCCACGGUUGUCUACAUCGGCAAUGACCGCAACCUGCCGACCUGCGCGCUCGAUCUCACGCCGACCUACGCCGUUGUUUCCAGUUGCAUCAGCUUCUACGUUCCCUGCAUAGUAAUGAUAGGUAUCUACUGCCGACUGUAUUGCUAUGCUCAAAAGCACGUGAAAAAUAUUCGCGCAGUGACUCGCACCGCCGAACAGAAGGAUGACGAGACCACGCGCUGUCCCGCCGUUCGCUGCAAACACAAGCACAAAGUCAACCAAAUGUCGACGAGCAACCACCAGCACAGGUCCCAUCAUCACAGCAGCCCAUACCACGUUAGCGAUCACAAGGCCGCCAUAACAGUGGGUGUGAUAAUGGGAGUCUUUCUAAUAUGUUGGGUUCCAUUCUUCUGCGUCAACAUCGUGGCAGCUUUUUGUAAAACCUGCAUACCCGAUCUCACAUUUAAGAUCCUCUCCUGGCUUGGAUACUCAAACUCGGCGUUUAAUCCUAUAAUCUACUCGAUAUUUAACAAGGAAUUCCGAGACGCCUUCAAGAAGAUACUGACGUCAAACCGCGUCUGCUGCACAGGCGGCGAGGAGCAGCGGCUCAUCACCGAGAUCAGGCACAGGGACCACUACGUCACAGAUUACGGGACGAAGUCGAUGGCCGCGAUCAAGGAGAGGAGAAACGGAUCUUUUCGGGAGUGUACUAGCAUGCAUUCUUCUGCUGAGUCUAUUCAUCAUACCAGGAUACACCAAACAAAUAUAGAUUUGGUUGAUGAAAUCAGUGCAAUAUAA